AUGGAAACCCUCAUUCAAUAUUCCGUCGUCCUACUUCACAGUCUAGCAUGCAAGCGACCCUUCCGCCAAUCUGUGAAGUACUCAGGUCGCGUCAUCUUUCUCACACCAACCAUAUGCAUCAAAUCAUCUCCUUUUACGACUCUCGCAGAAGCACACGCCAUGAUUUUCAUCAAAGAGCACACCAGCGUCCCUGUUCCGAAGGUCUACAUGGCGUUUGAGCGUAAAGGACGUGUAUACAUCGUAAUGGAGCGCAUCAAUGGUACCAUGCUUGCAUGCGGCUGGGUGCAUCGUUCAGCGGCGUCUCAAGCAAAGAUUCUGAAGGACUUGAAAACCAUGGUGGAAGAAUGGAGACGAAUUCCGUCACCCAAAGGUGUCGGCGUUGCUAACAUCGACGGCGGACCGAUCUACGAUGUACGAUUGCCAACAGAAUCGUUCUGGGGGCCAUUUGACUCGGUGGAUAAGUUCCACUCCCGAUUACGAAAUGGCAUUGACAUUGAACACCUUUCUGAAAGCUCACCAAAGGGCUUGCUGGAGUUGGCCGAAUUCCACGCCAAGGCUAGCUCUGUAGCAACAACAUUCACACAUGGCGACUUGAGCAGCCUCAACAUCCUGUGUCGGGGUGAUCAAAUCGUCGGCAUCAUUGAUUGGGAAACUGCGGGAUGGUUUCCGAGCUAUUGGGAAUAUACAACGGCCUGGCACGUCAAUCCUCACAAUGAGUUCUGGCAAAAGGAAGUCGAUUCCUUCGUAGAGCCAUGGCCAGAAGCUCUAGAGAUGGAGCAGAUUCGAAGAAAGUACUUUGGCGACUUUUGA